GUAUUCAGAUCUGAACUUUGGAUAAGAUUGUUUGCUUGAUCAGACUACCAUUGAAAUACGUUAUACCUAACAAACACAGUAUUCAAUCAGUCUGACGAUUCGAAUUAUCUUAACAUGGCGCAGGUUCCAGCUCAGAAGUAUUUUCUUGGAUUUUUCAUUAUUUUUCAGGUUAUUUUGGGCUAUCACACAUCUUCAAGUGCAGAUUGCCAAGGAAUAAGCUCAGAAGUAACAUGUACGUGUGAUGAUUUUGGUCAUUGUGAGAGAGGAACGGUCCAAGUAGACCCAUGGCUGCAAAAUACACUCAGGACACAGAUGGAUGUACAGCUCGAUCUACCGUUCAACUAUGUCCAGUUUUUAGACGCACAUAAUUCAUACAACACCAGACCAUAUGGAUACUUAUACGGGGCAAACGAUACAUGCUUGUGGCCGCCCCCAUACAACCCAAGUCUUUGCACUGGGAUUGCUAACCAGGAGUUCAGUUUGACAGACCUUCUCAACAUGGGAAUCAGAGCGAUUGAACUCGAUAACUGGUAUUGCGAAGAUGAGAUGCGCAUAGCUCAUCUUGGAUCGACCAUUGAUCAAGAAUGUAACAGCGGUCACGUGCUAUUUUCUGAACCCGUUGCCGAGAUUGGGGCGUGGCUAGACGAUCACGAGGGCGAGUUCGUCAGAAUCUACAUGAAUGAAAAGUAUGACCAGGGUAAUGAUGGAGAAGUGAACGGGCCCUUCGAACGUUACCUUGGUGAUCGAGUAUUAACACCGGCCAACCUAAGAAACGACUACAACAACGAGUGGCCCACACUAAGGACCAUGCGAGAAGAUGGUAAGGAUGUAGUGAUUGCACAUAUUGCUACGGCGGGAACCGGUGAUUUUUACCUUCACCAAGGAAAGUUUAUCCAUCCCGGAUAUUGGAAGGAUAAAAAACAGAAUGAGUUCUCAAAUUAUCCCCAAUGUGGAGGUAAGAACUCAACUAAUGCUCUUCGUUUCUACAGUGACAGUACUCAUUUCUUAUUCGAGAACGACUACAUUGAUGGUCCGACACGCGUUGGGAUCAUGGAGUCCUUCAGCGAGUUCAUCAAGUGUGGGAUCCAGUUUCCCGCCGGUGAUCAGGUCCAUCCUCAGCUGAUGGAGACGGCUGUCUAUACAUGGGCUAAAGGAGAACCGGCGACGCCGAUCACCGAUUCGACGUCGUGUAUCAUGCUCAGUGGCACUGAUAAUCGUUGGUACACACCGACAGACUGCAACCAAGAACUCUACUACGCAUGUCAGAAUGUCAUUAAUACAGAAGACUGGACAUUGAGUGUAUCCGUCGGGAGUUAUGACGUAAACACACAAGCAUGCCCAAAUGGAUUCAGAUUCUCGCUACCUCAAAAUGGAUUCCAACAUCAAAAGAUGUUGGAAGGAAUUGAUAAUGCUGACGUUUGGCUCAACGUUGCUCCUCUUCUCGAUGACUACCAGCCACCGGUACUGCCUACCAUAGCACCAACGGAGGGCGGAGCUCAGGCAGUCACCGCGGUCAUAUCCGGGGUCGUCCUCGCUGCAGCCUCCGCACUUUUCAUCCUAUAGAAUCCUGUCGCGAUCACUCGAGGCUGCUAAGAAUCGUUAUUAUAGGGACAUCUGUUCAUAUUGAUAUUUUAUAGUCAUCUUGUCUAUCGUUGUAUUUUUUGUGGUUUAUUGAGGGCCAGGGGGGGGGGUAGCUACCAGUAUUCGGGGGCAGCGCCACGUGGUAGAGGCAAGGACCUGGCCGUGGAGGAUUAUCUAUUGACUUACUGGGGUGGUCUACCAAUAGAAUAAUCACACACGGCCAGGUCCCUGGGUAGGGGCAAUUGAUUCUAUGCUUUUUUAAUUAUUAAAAAAAAGGGGGAAACAUGAAUAAAAAGGAAGAGGGAAAAGGCGUGUAAGAAGAGAAGAUUUGGCUGUAUACAGCUACAUACUACCCCUAUAAGUUAAGUGAGAAAAUAAUGUCAUUUUAUUACAUCCCACCCCCAAUCAAUAUACACUGGCGCCCCCCCCCCCCCGCACUUCCCUGCCAAUAUUAUCUUUCAGAAUUGGUUUCCAUUGUCACUAGUUGAAUAAUUUGUAUUGACGAUUUUAUUUUUUGUUCAUCUAUUUAUGAAAAAUGAGAUUAACUGUUGAAAGGAAUUCACGAAUAAUUAACUACAACCUUCGUGACUUAUAGCUAUGCCAAUAGAUUUGUCUUUGACAUUUUAUUUGUGUUUGUCACUAGCCUCAAUUUCCUAAAUCCGUUUGGAUAUUUUAGCAUUCUAGUUUGAUGUAAACUGUCUCGUGUUUGAGACUUAAUUGUAUAUUGUAUUAUGUUUUAUAAUUAUAGCAAUGUGCACGAAUCAGUUUCAUGAAAGAAAAUCAUCUUCUCAAAUCUAUGAUCUGUCAGUAGAACUAUAAAUUUAUCAAGUGCGAGUCAUUCGCAAAUUUGCCUGUUAACGAUAGAAUAAAUGGCUGAUAUAUUUUAAUCAUUUGAUUAAGAUCCAUAUCAAGAUUUCAUAAUGAGAUAAAAAUAUGGUGACCAUAAAGACCAUAAUAAUGAUAGUGAUGAUGGUGACGAUGAUGGUGAAGAUGAUGAUGAUGGUGAUGGCGAUGAUGAUUGUGAUGAUGACGAUGAUGAUGGUGAUGAUGACGAUGAUGGUGAAGAUGAUGAUGAUGAUGAUGAUGGUAAUGGUGAUGGCGGUGAUGAUGACGACGACGAUGAUGACGAUGAUGGUAAUAAAGUUGGUCAUGAUCGGCGUUUUAUCUCCUUAAAUUCUUGUGUCUUUUAUCUUUAUCACACUGCCACACGAAAUAUAAACAACAAAACUGUGUAUGGUAAGUGACUUCUUAUUUACGCCCCUGGUCGAAACGAGAUAAGUAUUGAUUGCAUGUCCACACCCUUAUUCUAAUUCGAACUUUGGAUAAGAUUGUUUGCUUGAUCAGACUACCAUUGAAAUACGUUAUACCUUACGAACACAGUAUUCAAUCAGUUUGACGAUUCGAAUUAUCUUAACAUGGCGCAGGUUCCAGUUGAAAAGAAUUUUCUCGGAUUUUUCAUUAUUUUGCAGGUAAAUGUGACAUUUACUAAGAGUAUACACGUAGAUUUCAUUACAAAUUAUUCUUCGCUGUGAUUGUUUAUUCUAUCGCGAGGAACUUUUACGCCUCUUAUAUCCACCGUUUAUUAUGUUUUGUUUUAUUUCUAUAUAUUCGGUUAUUAAAGUAUCCUUUUUUGUGGAAUAUAUAUA